GGCCGGCAGAAAUCAAUUUCCACACUUUGUUGGUAAAGGUCGGCGAGGACAGUGCCAAAAUGUCCUAUUUUUACUUAAUUUUGGCCGUGGUCUCGAUUUCCGUGGCCCGUUUUCUCAACAUGAGAGACUCGCCUCCGAUUCUCGGCAUCUACACCCGCCCGGGAAAAUGGUACUUUCUAAAAUUUCUGCUGUUUUUCGGACUACUCCACUUCAGAAAGUUGAUGAAUAAACUUCGCGGCGAAAAAGUCGCGGCAAACCAAAGUGGAUACGGAGUAAAAUCCAGGUCGUCACCUGAAUUGAUGGACUGCUCACAACCUUUGUCAUCAGACCCAAAAGCGAUUGAUGCUGUAUAUUUUAAUUCGGCUUCCAAAGAUGGGCAAUAUCUUGUUGGAGCAACGGCCAGACGCCCAAAUGGGGUUAUCAAUGGUUUCCUCUAUUUAAAGGUUCCGCAAAUUGGGUUACUUUUGAGUCCGAAAAUUCCUGAUACGACGCUGCAGCAGACAAAGGAAGAGGAAGAGGCCGGCGUUUUUGGAGCAGAAGGAAUAAAAUUUGAGCCGAUCGAGCCGAUGAAAAGGUGGAAACUGACUUAUCAAGGAAAAAUGAAGCUGUUUGAAAAUCCAGAAAAAGAGGUGACGGUUGACUUAAGAGCCGAGUGGAAAAGCAAUCUGCCCGUUUUCGAUUUCGACACCGACAUGGAUCCUGCGCCUGUGGCGAGGGCUUUCGCUAAGGAGACCUGGUCUAGAGAAUACUUUGAACUUUUGAAACAAGCACACCAGACGCAUUACGAGCAGCAUGGAGAUAUCGACGGAACUGUAACAAUUGAUGGAGUCGAAUUUCCUCUCCACCUCAACUCAAUGAGAGACCACAGCUACGGCCACAAGAGGGAGUGGAAAAACUUCCACAGGUAUGGUUUGCACAUGGUCACCCUAGAGGACGGAACGCGUUUCGGACUCGGAGUGGUCAGUUGUCCAAUAAACUUUGCGCAAAUGGAGCUCGGCUACGUUUACAAACCCAACGGCGAAGUUGUGCCCUUGCAAAGGUGCGACCUGAAGUUAUACGAGCACGGCGAGGACGGAACUCCACCUCUUGACUACGCAUUCAACUUUUGGGCCGGAAAUAAGAAAUAUUGCUGCCAGGUCAAAGUGCUUCACUCGCCCGAAUUCUACAUUGGCGAUGAGUGGGAAGCGCGGGUGGUGGAAAGAAUGGCCACGUUCAAAGUUAAUGGGGUGCCUGGUUGGGGGAUUGCCGAGUGGGAAUAUAGAAAUACUUUGGGAAAAGUGGCAAUUUGAUUUAAAAUAAAAUGAAAAAUUAUUUAAUAACAAAAAAUGUGUUGAAUUUUACGGUCCCAAAGUUUUUGAGAUCACUGGAGCAAUGUUGCCGUUUGUCGGUGUUAAUUGCAUAAGACAAUGGUAAUUAUAUUUUAUUAUCAAGCAGCGGUUUAUAUUUCGGAGAUGCUGUUUUGGCCACUGACCACCGACCGGAAGUAUAGAACCGAAAUCACGGCGGCAAACAUGAAAUGAGGUGCAAUAAGUGCGCGGCAAAACGAUGAUUAUUACG